AUGUAUUUUGUUUGUUCCAUGGUCGUGUUCGUGUAAUUGAUAUGGUAGGGUGUUGUUUACAGUUGUUAACGUUGUCUUCGUAAAAGGGCAGAGUAAUAUAUAAUUGUGAUUACUACAUAUGGAAGUUCAAUUUUGAAGAACUAAUUGAAGUGUACAUUUCAAACAUGGCUGUGGCAUCAACAAAUACGUGGAUAAGUUUUUUCAAGGAUGCUGGACUACCUGCUAACAUUGCUGCUACUUAUGCCCUAACAUUUUGGAAUAACCGAAUACAAAUGGAUAUGCUUCUUGAUCUAAACAAGGAGUAUCUGAGGGACAUGGGCAUAACUGUUAUGGGAGACAUCAUUGCAAUUUUAAGGCAUGCUAAAAUGGUUCAUGAAGAAACAGCUCGUGAAAAGAUUCUUGGUGAUACUCAUACUCGAGUGGUUAACGUUGGAUCAGCUCAGAGAAAUGAAAAAAACACACCAGCUGAAACAAAGGUGCCAGGAACAUCCUCAAGUGGUAGCAUAAAGAAAGUAGCUCCUGCUUCCAGAAUUUUGGAACACUAUAUAAGGAAACCUAGUUGUACACUAUCUUCUGUUCAAGUUGCACAAAUUUGUGAAAAAGUUGAUAAGUCACCUAAAAAACCAUUGGGAGUACCUAUUCAACCAAUAACACCAACUGGAGUUAAAAAGAAAGUCUUAAAAACAAAACCUUCAACAGCCUUGGAAACAACAGAAAAGAAAAUACGUAGAGUUUUACCUGAACAUGAAGGCCGCUACAAAAUUACUAUGCCAUCUGGAUCCACCAUUCGUUCCAAAGAAAUUUUGGCAAAAAUGAAAACUGUGCCUCCUCCGAAGAAGACUGUGUUUGAUCGAUUGGGAAAUGACGGUGAUGUAACAAGUACAACAGAAUCUGAAAGUCCUCGCAUAACCAUUACAGGCCUUGAAAAUCUCAUUGUUAAAAAUUCUGGCGAUAAGCCAUCAUCUGUUUUCUCUCGGCUUGGGGAAAAAUCACAAGUUCCAUCAUCAACUACUGUUUCUACACCAAAGAAUGACUUGCAUGAUGAUGAUGACGACGAUGAUGAUGAUGAUGAUAAUACUGUUGUUCACAUUGGCACCAAACCUCUUUCUGACAAGACAUUGCCGUAUGCUGGUAUUUUAAAGCAGUCGUCUGAGAAAAUAAUUAAAACACUGCCAAGAAAGGAAGCUUCUACAAUGCGAGCUGAUGUUGAAGCAUAUAGAGGAAGUUUUAGAAGAUUUACUGCACAAACAGUCGUUGCAGGUGCCUCUAGUACCAUGAAAAGUCCAUCCCUUUCAAGUUCUGCUGGAGUCCUUGCCCGACGAGUUCCGCAGGUAAAACCAAAUAUUAAAGCUAGGCUGGGAUUUGGAGCUUUGAAUUCUGAUGUAAUAAGCUGUGCUUCUGUUACAAAGGCUUCUAUCAGCCCCAAUUCAAAUGAUGACUUAGGAGACGGCACAACUAUUGUUAACAAGAGAGUCACAUUUGGAGGAGUCACUGGAGUAUUUGGUGGCAAUGAGAGAUUUCAAUUCUCCCAUUUCCGCAGUGAUUACAGUGGUCGAGGGAGAGGAGGAGUUAGACGAGGUGGAUUCUUCUUUAUUCUGCUUAAAAAUCAAUUUAUUUUCAGUGUUUUCAAAUUGCAAAUGUUGACUACUCUGUGUGCACUCGUUUCUUUCUUUUUAAGCCCAGUUGCUGAAGAUUUAGCUUUUCCUACUCUUCAAUCCAAAUACUGGUGUACUUUGUUUCAAAAUUUUGACUUAAUUGUGUAUUCUUUUUCUAACGACUCUUUUGUUCUCAAAGGGACUUUUUUGUAUAAAGGUGUAGAUAACUUUAAAUUGAAUUGUAAUGUUUUCAACUUUUUACAAACAUCAAAAUUACAAAAUUCAGUCUCCUUAGGAAUAAAAUGUGUUGGGAGACAUCAUUUCCUGGAGUUCUUUUUGACCACUCCUGUAAAUAAAAUGUUGUUCAUACUGUAUGUAUUCUACAAUAGCAUGGCUUUUAUUUUCAUUUUUCCACAUCAUUGUGUAAAAGAAAAC